AAGAGCAGUUAUGAUGGUGAAGUACACAGUCUGUUGUCUUCUGUUGGUUUGUCUUCUGAGCGUGACAGUUUCGGCAGUAGAGAAGCCGGCAGAGGCUACUGACAAAGUAGACCAGACCCCUGCAGCCUCCACAACUACAUCUACAUCUUCCCCUGCUUCAAGUGAUGUGGGUUUUCCAAACAACAUCAUAAAGACACUUACAAACGGAGGUAUGGUGGCUAUGGGAGCUGUUGUAGUGUUGGCUAUUCUGGGUGCCCUGGCUAUGCCAUUAUUUGGGUUCCAGUAUUGCCAACUUCUCGGUACCUGCAACAACUCCCUCUAUACGGGCUACAAUAACAUGUACCAGAAUGAUGUCUACGGUCAGUAUCCUUCCUCUUCAUACCAGAGUGGCAACACAUACCAGAAAAGAUCUGUAGACUAUAUGGGACCCAUGCUCCACAUGCUGAAAGCCGCUUAUGACAAAUAUGGACAGAACGGAGCGCCUUCACUAUCCAAGAAAGACAUUUGAUUUAGCUAAAUGGAAAUUAUUAGAUUCUCAAUUAUUUGAUUUACUAAAUGUUCAAAUAGAUGUAUUGUAAUUACUGUA